AGGUUGCAAUUGUAGUGCUAUAACAGUUCAAAUUUAAUUGUAUAUUUUAGUUACAUUAUUCCUUACGGCACGCUAAACCGGAAGGAAGGGCGAAUGCGUUUACUGUUGCUAGGAUACAAGAAGGUAGCCAAACAGGAAGUGCUCAGCGUCACGCAACCUUGCGUUUUCGUUAAAUACCUUUUCACGAUAGGAUCCCUUAAUUUGACACAUUUGUUGUGAAGUAUACAUUAUUUUAAAGUAAAAUCAUUCGCUCAUUGUUUUUCAGCGGUUAGUUUAAUUUCUAAUAAAAAAGGAAAUGGAUGCGGAAUCAAAGGCCCUGAAAGCUAAGGUGAUGCUAUGGACGGAUGUGAGCCACCAUGAAAUGGAGGAGAUGGACAAAAUGCAGUCCAUUCCUGAUCUGGAGAGGUGUUUAUGCAGCGUGCUGGGACUCCACCUCCCUGAACCAAAGAGAGGAGUUCUCCUGGAGCUCUAUGUCCAGACGGUGCUUUUUGGCCGAGAAUGCAACUUUAAAAAGGAACAAACCUCAACGCUGUUGUCCAUCAUCAAGUCUAUCCACGAGGCUAACGUAGAAACUCCUCUUAACAACAUAGAACAGUGUGUGGAAUACGGCAUGGAUCUACUUCUCUGUCACUCAGUCAGGCGCCCCCCCUUUGGCAUCAACAUCUUCAGCUUUGAGGAGGCGGGAUGUAUAUUAAAAUACAUCCAUAACAGCUACGUGAGACAUUACAAACUCUACAAAUAUAUUUUCACCAAACAGGUAAAACUGGAUUUAUCUCUAACUUACUCAGACCAGGAUGAGCCCACCGAGUCAAAUCCCUCCGCUACAGAGGUUGAUAAUCUGAUGGAAAAAGAAACCAAAGCCACAGAGAGUUCUCCUCCAAACGAAGAAGCAGAGGGAGCCGAACUUGGUUAAUCGGAACCGGAGGCCCUGACUGAGAACGAGGUCGGCGAGCAGAUGGUGUAGAAUAGAAAAAUAAAUAGAAUGAAAGACA